GAGGAGAAAGAAGAGACUGAGCAACCAUGAGGGAUAAUGAAAAGGCCUGGUGGCAGCAGUGGACCUCCCACACAGGCCUCGUGGUUGGGGGCGGGACUCAGGAGGACCGUAUGGGGUUUGGAAGGGGAGUAGCUGCACUGAGGGGCCGCCCCUCUCCCCUGCAGAGUACCAUUCACGAGUCCUACGGUCGGCCAGAGGAGCAGGUGCUCAUCAACCGCCGGGACAUCAUGAACAAAGCGGACACCUGGGACAUGCAGGAGUACAUCACUCGCAUGUACAUCAAGCAGCUGCUCCGACACCCCGCCUUCCAACUGCUGCUGGCCCUGCUGCUGGUGAUCAACGCCAUCACCAUCGCUCUCCGCACCAACUCCUACCUGGACCAGAAACACUAUGAGUUGUUCUCUACUAUAGAUGACAUUGUGCUGACCAUCCUUAUGUGUGAGGUUCUCCUCGGCUGGCUCAAUGGCUUCUGGAUUUUCUGGAAGGACGGCUGGAACAUCCUCAACUUCAUUAUCGUCUUUAUCUUGCUCUUGCGGUUCUUCAUUAAUGAAAUCAAUAUCCCCUCCAUCAACUAUACUCUCAGGGCGCUUCGUCUGGUGCAUGUGUGCAUGGCGGUGGAGCCCCUGGCCCGGAUCAUCCGCGUCAUCCUGCAGUCAGUGCCUGACAUGGCCAACAUCAUGGUCCUCAUCCUCUUCUUCAUGCUGGUUUUUUCGGUGUUUGGGGUAACACUCUUUGGUGCAUUCGUGCCCAAGCAUUUCCGGAACAUACAGGUUGCGCUGUACACCCUCUUCAUCUGCAUCACCCAGGAUGGCUGGGUGGACAUCUACAGUGACUUCCAGACAGAGAAGAGGGAAUAUGCAAUGGAGAUUGGGGGUGCCAUCUACUUUACCAUCUUCAUCACCAUCGGUGCCUUCAUUGGCAUCAACCUGUUCGUCAUCGUGGUGACCACCAACCUGGAGCAAAUGAUGAAGGCAGAAGAGCAGGGACAACAGCAACGAAUAACCUUUAGUGAGACAGGCGCAGAGGAAGAGGAGGAGAAUGACCAGCUGCCACUGGUGCACUGUGUGGUCGCCCGCUCGGAGAAAUCUGGUUUCCCCCAGGAACCCCUUGUGGGAGGCCCCCUGUCGAACCUCUCAGAAAACACGUGUGACAACUUUUGCUUGGUGCUUGAGGCAAUACAGGAGAACCUGAGGCAGUACAAGGAGAUCAGAGAUGAACUCAACAUGAUUGUGGAGGAGGUGCGCGCAAUCCGCUUCAACCAGGAGCAGGAGGCAGAGGUGAUGCAAAGGCAGUCUUCCACGAGCGGGUCAUUGGAGACUACGUCAUCCAAGGACGUCCGCCAGAUGUCUCAACACCGAGACUUGCUCAGUGCGCUCGUUAACAUGGAAAAGGUUCAUGACUCUAGCUCACAAAUACUCCUUAAAAAACGCAAGAACAGCCAUUGA